UCAGUCCGAGAGGACCUGGCGACUGCACAGCAACAUAGUUCCUUCUGCAGGACUUCCCUCGUCGACAAAGGUAAAGCGUCCACGCGCACUCUGCCUCAAGAUGAAUGCCCCGCGGCUGCUUUCACUCGUGGCACUCCUGGCACAUGGGGCAUGGUGCCAGCGCCCGAUGGGAUCCAACAUCGAUGCCCUGCUUGAAAUCGUCUCCGAGAAGCAGAUCGUAGACAUCUUAAAAGGAGAGAGGCUGGACCUGGAGAACUGUUUCAGUGUCACGAAGGAUGUGAAGACCUGCAUGGCUGUCACGAGGACCUUCAUAGCGCUGGCCCAGCAGCUGUCUCACACGGGGUACCAGUGCGACGCCUGCGAACCCAGCCAACAGGCCCUCAUCGACAAGUUCCUGGACACCGUUCGCGGAACCCCGAACUGCCGGUACUUGGUGUCGGUUCUGCCCAUUCCAGAUUUCUGCUAGCCUGGAAUCGGCGAGAUUCCCCUUCGCGACUGUUGUUUUGUACUACCGCUAUGCUUGUAACCAUUACUUCUGGCUUUGGUCACCUGUGUACUCUUUUGUUCUGAAGGUUCAUUAUAAUGUUUCGAGACCUUUCACGACAUCACGGUUUUGAAGCAUUUCUAACAGUGUUUUGGGUUUUAAUUCAGUUUCGAAGCUUUAUUACGGUAUUUUAGUAACGCCAUAGUUCUUGCCUCGACUUCACGUUAAGGGAAAGGCUAGAUCAGUAGCAACUCGAAAGGUGUCAUGGCGUCUAUUCUAUUUUUGGAAAAAAACACAUGGGAUUUAUUUUGUUGACGUCACAAAAGUUGCGGAUGCUUUGUGAAUGUGGUCGAUCACUUUGGUCUCUUCAAUUUUCAAAAAGGAAGGAAAAUACUUAUUUUAAUGGCUAUAUUUUCAAUGAACGAUUAUUAAAACAGACGCCAUGAUACUUCGAGUUGCUACUGAUCUAGCCUUUCCCUUCACAUAGUCAAUAGUCAUCCUAAAAUUCUCAGCGAUACGUUACGUAAUUGAUCGUGCCAAAGCCUCAAGCAAAGGUACGACUCAAGUCAAGACAUCUCUCCCUUAAAAGAUUAGAAGAAAAAGUCAUUUAAUAAAUCUUCCUCGUAAACUA